GUAUCGCCCCCCCCUCCCCCUGUAAAUCUCAGUUCUCUCAGCUCCUCAUCACAUCCAGGCUGUUUCACUGCGGAGAAGACGGAGCUCCACCAUGUCCUCCACGGGCACGGAGACGAGCGCACCCCCACCGCCCCCCACCGCCGGCAGGGUCUUCUUCCAGAACGCACCCGGACCGGCGCAUGGGAGCGCGCUGCUGACCCGGGACGACCCUGUCCAGAAGAAACAGGGCAAAGUGACGGUGAAAUACGACCGGAAGGAGCUGAGGAAAAGGCUCGUGCUGGAGGAGUGGAUCCUCGAGCAGCUCAGCGCUCUCUACGACUGCGAGGAAGAGGAGAUGCCAGAGGUUGAGAUAGACAUUGAUGACCUGCUGGAGGUCAGCAGUGAAGAUGAAAGGGCUGUGAAACUGCAGGAGUCACUGAUAGACUGCUAUAAACCCACUGAGGAGUUUGUGAAGGAGCUCCUGGGCCGAAUAAGAGGAAUGCGGAAACUCAGUGCCCCCCAGAAGAAGGGGUUAUAAUGGCAGCUUUGAAGCUCAAGGGGCAGAAGAAAUGUCACCACGUGAACUCGUCUCUGGAACCUUCUACGUUUCUUUUCAUCCGGUUUUCAACACUCCGUCAUGGAGGACGCCUUCAUUUUAGCAGCGUUGUUUCGGGUUACAUGUGUCUAUUGUCAUGCCAAACACACACGGGUCAGGUUAUAUAGCUGCCUGGGCUUACGUGUUGACGCUCAAGUCGCAGCGAGGCACAACGGUCAAGUUUCCUACUGCUGGGAGGAACCAGUGUGAUUGUGUUUCUCGUGGUCAGUCACGUUACAUCUCUGCAGUCCUACAGUCUUCAGUUCUAUUUGUUUCAAUGUUCAGUUCUGCCCAAAAUUCGUAUCGGCUGCACGAACCAAUGACCUGAAUUGUCAUAAAUAGGAACCGCCCGCAUGUUCAGGACUGAGGAUGAGGGGGAUGAGGACGAUGAGGUUCUGCAGUCAUUUGGCUUCAUCUUAUGGGUUUUCUGUUACAAUCAAGCCCGUCUUGCUUUUGAUGUGGCGCAUCAGCACAUGUGUCAGACAGGAAGUGACAUUUUUAUAACCCUCCAGCGGUUCUGGGCGAGCAGCAGGACACGUCUCCUGGGUCGGGAGGCGUUUGAUGGCGAUUAAGGUCCAGGCUCUUGGUUCAGAACUGUGCGCUGCACAAACCCUUCUCCCAGUCAGGGAGUAUCAACCCUAUUCCAGGAUGGGAUGAGUCCUACUGCAGAUCACGAUCAACCUUAUUCCAGGCAAAGUUAAUCCCUCUCCAAGUCAAUAUCAGACCAUCUCCAGGUCAAGAUAAACCCACCUCCAGGUCAAUAUCAGUCCUUAUGCAGGUCAAAAUCACUCCUACUACAGGUGAAAAGCAACCCCUGUCUAGGACAAUAUCGACUCUUCUCCAGGUCAACAUCAACCCUGCUCUUGCUCAGCAUCAGGUCAACAUCAGCCCUUGUGAAGGUCAAGAUCAGUCCUACUACAGGCCGGAUCAAAACCCCCUCUAGGUCAAUAUCAGCUCUUCUCCAGGUCAACGUUAACCUUCUUGUAAGGCAAAUAGCAGACCUUCUCUGGCUCACGAUCAACCCUCCUCCAAGUCAAGAUCAACUGUCCUCUUUGUUGGGAUAAACCCUCCUACAGAUCAUGAACAGCACUCAUCCUAAUGCACUCCACCUCGCUUCUUUCUCUGUCACGUUAUGCGUUACGCUGCCAAAGACGAUGCAGUACAAAUUAUGAUAUGAAGCACUGGAUGAACAGGCUUAGAAUAUUUAAAUAUUGCAUAUAAUUAUCACUCAUUACUGUGUAAACAGAUUUAUAUUAAAAUAAUAACGCUAUGGAAAACCAGGAGAAACAUAUGGUGCUUUUUUCCUUCUUAUAUGAGUUUAAGUGCCAGAAAGUCUCUUUUAUUGCUUUGAGAUAAAGGCUAUUAGCCCUGGAAGGAUCUUAUCUCGUUCUUUCUGUUCUCCUCUGCUAGGUCUGUGUGUGUGUGUGUGUGUGAGUGAGUGAGUGAGUGAGAGAGAGAGAGACUUGCAUGCUUUAUGAUGUUUUGAUCUGAUGUAUUUCAUUGGUUUUUCUUCCAACAUGCUGUGACUGAGUAUUUGUCUCGGAUUUCUGUAUUUCCCAGUGAUGUGUGUCACACCUGGAGUUCUUUUGCUGGCAAUAAAUGUAAAAAAAAAAAAA